UUUCUUAUUGGUCAUCGGUUUUGGGGUGAUGGGUUGCCAUGUUUAUUAUUUAGCCAAUCAAAUUCUUUGUUAUUGAGCACGUAGGACAAGUUGUACCGCCGUUUCGAAGCAAAACAGAACUUCUGAAGUAACGAUUUCCACCUGCUACCAUGACGUCAAGAUACACCAAGACAUCCAUGGGUGGGGGCCAGAGGAAGAAGACAGGGCCCAAACCAGAGCUGACAGAGGAACAAAAACAAGAGAUACGGGAGGCGUUUGAUCUCUUCGAUACUGAUGGGACCGGGACGAUAGAUGCUAAAGAACUCAAGGUGGCCAUGAGAGCGUUGGGUUUUGAGCCCAAGAAGGAGGAGAUUAAGAAGAUGAUUCAAGACUUUGACAAGGAGAACACCGGGACGAUCGACUUCAAUGAGUUCCUGACCAUGAUGACAGCAAAGAUGAGUGAGAAAGAUUCCAGGGAAGAAAUCCUGAAGGCCUUCAAGUUAUUUGAUGACGACAACACGGGCAAAAUCUCCUUCAAAAACCUGAAGCGAGUCGCCAAGGAGCUUGGAGAGAACCUGACUGAUGAAGAGUUGCAGGAAAUGAUCGAUGAAGCUGACAGGGACGGCGACGGUGAAAUCAACGAGCAGGAAUUCCUACGGAUAAUGAAGAAGACGAGUCUCUACUGAUCAACAACUUCUGAAAUUCCAUCCAGCAAAAGUCAUUUUAUAGCUGCCGAAUCACUUCGUCGUAGGCCAGGUAGUACGGCUAGUCUCGCACAGAUGUAGGCAGAAACUGUCAAUGUAGCAUUGUAAAAGUGUACUUAAUAUAUGUGUUAAAACACCCACCAAACACAAAUAAAUUGAGUGAAAGAUGCUUUUUAGGGGGGAGGGAUUUGGAGUAGUUUCAUAGACCGAAGUGUAAAACUAUUUUUAAGGGGAAGAGUGCUUUUAAAAUCGACCAAGCUGCCAUGGACCAAACUGGUCCUCUGAACUACGCUUAUGUUUGGGUAUUUCUUUCAUUCAAUGUUUGGUGUACAUAAAAUUCAUUACAAACCCUGUAUAUAGUGUUGAGACGUGUCUUGUAUAGAGUAAUUACUUUGUUAAUUUAUAUCAAGUCGGAAUUUGUACAUGUAUUCAAAAAUAUUGAGUAUUGAGUCCGUGCAGGUGGUUGAGGGCGCUCUUUCCACAUAAUGGUUUACCUUUGCCCAUGAAACCAUUGCAUGGCAGAUUUAUCCAUUGAUUUUGUGGUCCAAUAUUGAGCAUGCUUCGACUACCUGUACCCCUUAAUAUUCUAUAGACUAGUCAGGGCACGCUGCAUUUCUAUCACGGAGGCCCCCUUCAAUGGCGAAAGCAUUGUGCUAGCUAUUGUUCAAGUAACCCCUCACAGGACAGGUGCUUUGUACAACAACAUGAACAAUGUUUUCUCCAUUGAAGGGGGCCUCGUGAGUGUACAGUGAUCACGUGACCAGAUUUGUCUAUAGACAUUUGCACUGCCAGAGGUUUUCAUGGCAACGGGUAAAUGGCAUCCUAAGAUUCAUUUGGAUUUGUAUAAAAACAAGAUUGUAUGAAACACAUGAUUGCAAAAUUAAGUUUUGCACAAACUUUAAAAAAAAAAUUGGGGAUAUGGCUUUGAGAAUCACAAAAUAUUCCAAUUUUGCAGUUCAUUUCAUUCAUGCUUUCAUGUCACUGACCUUAAAGUUAGUAUGACUAAGUAUUCAUGAAGAUUUCCCAAUGAUAGUGCGGUGUUUGACUCAUAAGUAAACAUUAAAGAUACAAUUUUUUUCAAUGUUCUUCGGUCUUCAUAGACCCCGGCUAGAAAAAGAAAGAUUCAACCGAUUUUUUGAAUUCCGGGUUUUUGCAACUUGUUAUUUUGUUUCUUCAAAUCAUAACUUGUAACUUGAGAAAUUGAUCAGUGCAGGACUGAAUGUAAUUGAACAGCUACAGAUGUGAUGUUAGCUUUGUUUUAUUCACAUGAAUGAAGUUUCCAUGAUUACUAACUCAACUGUAAAAUGUUUAAAAAUGUGUCAAAUUUGUAAACUUUUUUAAAUGGGGGAACAGAUUAUUUGAAAUGGGCGUGACCAAUUUUUCUUUUAGAUGUUAUUAAAAAUACACAUUCCUGUUACAUA